UGGAGCAGAAACUGCACACAUUAAAUACACACGUACGUCAAAAAGUCAAAGAUUUCUUUCAUUUGAAAUAUUUCAAUUUUUGGUGCAGAAAUGGUACAUAAUGCCCCUGUCAAAAUAAGGGAAGAAAAUGGCUACUUCAGUCUGUUGAUGCUGCAUGUUCCGAUGAAGACGUUGGACCCUUGAAAUUCUCAGCUGGUGAGUUGCUGUUUCGACACCUUGACGCUCUUAUAAUUUGUUUGGUCUACAGGGAAACACUACCAGUCAUAGUUUACACGGCGGCCACGACGCACAUUUUUACCACUCGAAAGGCCACGACACACCUGCCGACCGAGGCUGUAUUAGUCUUUACCAGGCUUCGGGAAGCGGACAUCGUGCCUUCAUGUUUACAAUUUAUCAAAUAAAGCAAGCAUGUUAUGGCAGGUGCCACAAUGACUGGGUAGACUUCUUUCGAGCUUUAGUAAACAUGCAGGCACGAUGUACCUGUAGCAGCUUGACCUCGAAGCUAUAAAGAGGAGCAAUUUUACCACUGUCGGCAGUCUGCUUCAGAUCAAGGCACUGUUGUCUUCAGGCCACCGGCAGACACUUCAGAGACAAAGUCGUCAUCUUGACCCACCAAGUACACGAGUCACCGGACAGGACGAAGGUUGAAGAUGACCCGUCACUUUGCGCUUGUCCUGGCUCUGACACUUCUGGCUGGAGCCGUGUAUCCAGCCAAGAGCGUGCCUGCCCAGGAACAACGUCCGAAUGAUGGGCGACAACGUCCUGACUCCGAGAAGGCGAAGGUUCUGCUGGAAGAACUCGAAGAAUUGUUGGAAGAAGAAGGGAUGGCGAACAACAAUGGCGGCAGUGAUGUUGAUGAAAUGGCCCGACUUCCCGAGAAAAGAGAUCCUGAACCAACUGAUGCUGACUGCUUGCUCAAAACAACGGACACCACCUACGAAUACCAAUGGGACUUGCCCCAGCUUACGGGAACGCGCUUCACCUUUCAAGUAUCGACCAACAGCGAUGCCCACAUCGGCCUGUCACCAGCCAACCAGGACGCUACGGACAUGUACGAAAUCGUCCUCGGUGGAUGGGGGAACACAAAGUCGGCCAUACGCCGGGGAAAGCUAGGCUCCGACGUCACAAAUGUCGACACACCAGCUAUCAACUCGCCAACAGAGUACAGGACCUUUUGGAUAAACUUGGCCUCAGACGGAACCAUUUCUGUCGGAAAGGGGGGUGAGUCUCUGCCGUUCAUGUCGUGGACAGAUCCCAACCCGAUCCGCGUGUCUUAUGCUGGGUACUCUACAGGCUGGGGCAGCGACGGGCGCUGGAAGUUCUGCUCGGAAACAGGAACAACACAAGCCAGUACCACUGUAGGUACCACUGAAGUUGUAGCAACUACACCGACUGUGCAAUGUGACAACCCUACUGUACUGAAUGGGAACUCUGGCAGCUUUACUUCACCGGGUUACCCAGGAAACUACCCUAACAACGCUUACUGUACUUGGCAGAUAUCUGUCAGUACAAGUGACGUUGUUACCAUCCGAUUUACCGAGUUCAGUCUGGAGUAUAACAGAAACUGUGGCUUUGACUCCCUCGUUGUGCAUGAUGGUCCAGACGCUACUGCUCCUGUGCUUGUCACCCUUUGUGGUUCCUCAGCUAGAACAGUCACCACCACUGGGAACAGCGCCUUUCUAGUCUUUACUAGUGAUGGUUCAGUGACGAGGUCUGGGUUCGUUGCUAACUUCACGUCUGAGCUACACUGUUCAAUGACAAUGCUCAAAACAACGGACACCACCUACGAAUACCGAUGGGACUUGCCCCAGCGUACGGGAACGCGCUUCACUUUUCAAGUAUCGGCCAACAGCGAUGCCCACAUCGGUCUGUCACCAGCCAACCAGGACGCUACGGACAUGUACGAAAUCGUCCUCGGUGGAUGGGGGAACACAAAGUCGGCCAUACGCCGGGGAAAGCUAGGCUCCGACGUCACAAAUGUCGACACACCAGCUAUCAACUCGCCAACAGAGUACAGGACCUUUUGGAUAAACUUGGCCUCAGACGGAACCAUUUCUGUCGGAAAGGGGGGUGAGUCUCUGCCGUUCAUGUCGUGGACGGAUCCCAACCCAAUCCGCGUGUCUUAUGCUGGGUACUCAACAGGCUGGGGCAGCGACGGGCGCUGGAAGUUCUGCUCGGAAACAGGUACGUCGACAAAGAGGAUGUCUGAAGUGCGGGAAACCGACGGAAAGGACAAUGGAGAACAUAAGGUGGAGGUUGUGGAGAACGGAAAGCAGCAACCCAUCAAGGGCCAAGACGGGAUGAGGACCGGUCGGGACCCGGAGGAAACAUUGGAAACUGAGGAAACGAGGUUAGAAUAG